AUGCCAGAUCAUUCAACGGCGUAUAUAGGUACAGCCUUCGUGGCAGGUGUCUGUCUGGCACUCGCAUAUCAAGAAAUUUCCCGUCCCAAACACGAGGAUAAUGUGACAGAACCAAUAUCGCCAACAAAUGGGCUAAUCGCCCGAGCUGGCCCGCCCGCUAUUGUGGAAGGCAUUGAAGGCUGCAUUGGAAACACCCCUCUAUUCCGAAUCAAGUCACUAUCAGACGAGACGGGAUGCGAGAUCCUGGGCAAAGCAGAGGCACGUAGCCUUGGCCAGAGUUCAAAAGACCGAGUUGCACUAAGCAUGAUUGAGAUAGCCGAAGAACAAGGGAUCCUAACACCUUAUUCAGGCGACACAAUCUACGAAGGAACGUCGGGAUCAACCGGCAUUUCACUAGCAACACUAGCCCGUGCAAAGGGCUACCUAGCACACAUCUGCCUGCCCUCGGACCAGGCAAUUGAAAAAUCCAACCUGCUUCUAAAACUCGGGGCAAUCGUGGACCGAGUUCCGCCAGCUCCCAUAGUGGAGAAAGACAACUUCGUCAAUCGCGCACGAGCACUGGCAAAGACGCACACGGCCUCAUCGGGUAUUACCUCGUCCGCGGAAGACCAGUCCGAUCUCCCCGCGGCAAACGAGCGCAUGACCCGUGGCCGUGGCUUUUUCGCCGACCAAUUCGAGAACGAGGCUAACUGGCGCGCCCACUACGAAGGGACCGGUCCAGAGCUGUACGCCCAAUGUGGGGGCCGCAUUGAUGCGUUUGUAGCGGGCGCUGGCACGGGCGGGACUAUUUCUGGGGUGGCGAGGUUCUUGAAGCCCUUGCUGCCUAGACUUACGGUUGUCUUGGCCGAUCCGCAGGGGAGUGGGCUUUUUAAUCGAGUGGUCUACGGUGUUAUGUUUGAUGUCAAGGAGAGGGAGGGGACGCGGCGACGUCGUCAGGUUGAUACUAUUGUUGAGGGAAUUGGUAUUAACCGUGUUACGGCGAAUUUCGAGGCUGGGAAGGAGAUGAUUGAUGAUGCGGUGCGUGUUACUGAUGCCCAGGCUUUGGCUAUGGCUAGGUGGCUUGUGGAGAAAGAUGGGAUCUUUGUCGGGAGUAGCAGUGCAGUGAACUGUAUCGCCGCCGUCAAGACAGCAAGGAAGCUUGGUCCUGGUCAUCGGAUUGUUACAGUCCUUUCGGACUCCGGCUCACGACAUCUGUCUCGAUUCUGGGCUAAGGCAGGUGAUGUUGGUGGGGCCGUUGAUACUAAGCUUGAGGAUGUUAUGAAUGCACGGGACGAAGACUUUCAAUAA